AUUGCUUCAAUCACGUUUUAUUUUCGUUAGAGGUUUUUCGCUCACGAAAACAAGUUACUUUUUCACAACAAUGUCUCGAAUGAAUAUUGUCAUAGGACAGGUGAUGAAACGACAUAAAAUGCGCCCAGAGCUAGUAAAGGUGCGAUAUCUACGAUUGGUUCUGGAUAACUACUUGCUGAAGUACUUCAACAAACGGUUUCAAUGCUGGGCCGAAGACAGAAGCGUUAAAGGUGACAUCGGAGACAUGGUCUUACUCAAGACGCUAGAAGAACAGAAAAUACCAGAAGUGCGUCAUGAAGUCAUCGAGAUGGUGUAUAAAUUAGGGGCCAUCGUCGACCCCGUCACGGGCCGGAGGUGUCGAGGCAAAGAGUACAUAGAGGAGGCGGAGCGACUGGCGCAAAAACAGUUCAUAGAAUCGGAGAAGAAAUCGUGAUAAUCGUGCUGUAAUUAAUAGACAAUUAAUGGGAAGAAAGAAAUGUUGUGAACAAAGGAUUCUUGUGUGUGAUUUGGAAGUACAUGUAUAAUAAAAGAGAGAAGUUUAUGAUAAUAAACAGUGCAGAGCUGUACCUAGCGGGGUAUCAAGGAGACAAUAACUUGGAUGUCAAGCUUGUGAAGACGCUAUAAGGGUGGAUCCAAGGGAGGGGACCAAGGGGACCUGUUCCUCCCUUUAAAAAAUUAAAGUGCCCCAUUUUGAAGAAUUUAUUUACAAUUUUCAUUUGAGGGAGUUUCUCCAUGUACCCUUUGCCAUUGGUCCCCACCCUAAAAUGUUUCCUGGGUCCGCCCUUGUAUAUCACUGUCCCCAGGUUCCUGUUUGACUACCCCUCCUUUAUUUUGGAUAGUUACGGCCCUGCGGUGAAUGUGUGCUGUGUUAAUGAACUGUUGGUGUCUAUCACCUUUUACCAAAUCAUUGGCGUGUCUAGGAGUUCGAAUGUUGCAUAAGGAUUUGACUGGUUUUCCAUAGUGUUGUAUCCCAUCAUCUUCAUUUAACCUAUCGAGGGACCGCUAACACUUUGCUACCGGAACACACACGUGUGUUGUUUUUAUUGGUUGCUCCUUUAACGUGAUACAUGUGUGUGCUUGAAAAGUUUCAGAAGUAGGGUCUCAGAUGUCAUUUCCUGGCAUGUGUGCAGAACAUUGAGCAGGGGGGUCUAGACUGUUGUGAGCGACGUUUUCAGUGGGUACUGGGUUGUGCUGCCCCGAAACAUAUAUGGAAAACAAAUUCGCAUGAUGCGGGGAUGGGUGGGGUCGAUUCCCACCAUCCAACCUCUGCACACGCGCCAGAUUUCAUUCGACCAGUCGAAAGCCUGCAUAAAUAAAUAUGGCAACAGCUUUAAACCGUGUUACAUUCAGAACGACUGUGAUAAAAAGGUGAUCUGAACAAGAACGACAUUCGCUCAUGUCGGAUCUGUCAACGGAUACCAGUAAGGUGGUGUGGGACCGAGGUAAAAAACCCAGUCCAAUAGUCCAGCAAUAUGCCACUUCAAGAUAUGAUGCCAGUGGUGGAUCUAAACCACCCCCACCCCCACCCCACCAAUGAAUUUUCUGGACCCGCCACUGGAUGCACUAACCAGUCAAAUUAUGCCUUCUGAACACGCCACUGAUUUUAAUCGAAUUCGGUACCAUCUAUGCUGUACUAGAAAUCUUCGAGUCAAAACAUUUGUUAAUUCUCUUGUGUAAUAAAAUGGCGUGACUCUUCUUUUAGUACGCCGUUUUUCAGCAGUCACUGGUUUUAUUAUGUGUAUUAUCCGACAGUAUGCUAUGUAACGAGUUUCAAUAUAUCUCGUGAAACUCCACGGUUCCCUAGCGUUCCAUGGUGUUUCGCUCCGGAACUUCUUUCAUCGGAUUAGUCUAAUCACAUGUUUGUUAAUUGUAGCUAACAUUUAUACUGCUAUCACUUGUAUUCAUGUAAUGUCAUUGUAAUGUGUGAUAAAAACUUCUCUUCUUU